ACCUCCUUUACUCCACACACGCUUCUAAGCCUCGCUACUAACUACACUUUAUUCAUCCUCCGUGUCAGGAUAAACUCCACUCGUCUCAGUCAACUUUGGACAUUAUUAGGCCCGCUUAGCUUGCUACUUGUUUUAACGCGUUAGUUAGCUUAGCUUGCUACUUGUUUUAACGCGUUAGUUAGCUUAGCGUGCUAGUUAGCUUAGCGUGCUAGUUAGCUUAGCGUGCUAGUUAGCUGCUAACAAAGAGACGCGGAUUUGAUCAACACAUCGCUUAGUUAAGAUCAAGUGUGAGUGUAAAGUGUUGUGAUUGUGUGAAAAUGUGUGAAAGAACCAUAGCAGAGUACAAAGAGGAACUUUCUCGGACAAAAGAAGAAAACAAAAGACUACGUCAACUACUGGACGCUGUUUUCAAGAAACCUCAAGUUGUGUUACACAGAACAGAUGUCCAGCAGCCCACCCACAUGAAAGAGGAAGAGGAUGAUCCACAGCCCACCCACAUGAAAGAGGAAGAGGGGGAUCCACAGCCCACCCACAUGAAAGAGGAAGAGGAUGAUCCACAGCCCACCCACAUGAAAGAGGAAGAGGGGGAUCCACAGCCCACCCACAUGAAAGAGGAAGAGGAUGAUCCACACAUGAAAAAGGAAGAGAAUGAUCCGCAGCCCACCCACAUUAAAGAGGAAGAGGAUGAUCCACAGCCCCCCCACAUGAAAGAGGAAGAGGGGGAUCCACAGCCCACCCACAUGAAAGAGGAAGAGGAUGAUCCACACAUGAAAAAGGAAGAGAAUGAUCCGCAGCCCACCCACAUUAAAGAGGAAGAGGAUGAUCCACAGCCCACCCACAUGAAAGAGGAAGAGGGGGAUCCACAGCCCACCCACAUGAAAGAGGAAGAGGAUGAUCCACAGCCCACCCACAUGAAAGAGGAAGAGGGGGAUCCACAGCCCACCCACAUGAAAGAGGAAGAGGAUGAUCCACAGCCCCCCCACAUGAAAGAGGAAGAGGAUGAUCCACACAUGAAAGAGGAAGAGGAGGAUCCACACAUGAGAGAGGAAGAGGAGGGAGAGUGUGUUGUAGAGCAGGAGGAGGAUGAUGUCAGCAAGUUUCCACUGACUGUUGUCUCUGUGAAGACUGAAGAGCAUGAAGACAAAGCACCUGAGUCCUCACAGCUUCAUCACAGUCCAAACAUCCAGCAGCCCCCUCACAUGAAAGAGGAAGAGGAGGAUCCACAGCCCACCCACAUGAAAGAGGAAGAGGAGGAUCCACUCAUGAAAGAGGAAGAGGAGGGAGAGUGUGUUGUAGGGCAGGAGGAGGAUUAUGUCAGCAAGUUUCCACUGACUGUUGUCUCUGUGAAGACUGAAGAGCAUGAAGACAAAGCACCUGAGUCCUCACAGCUUCAUCACAGUCCAAACGUCCAGCGGGUGUCAGCGGGGAGUCAUGAAGAGGAGUGGCACACCAGUGUGGGACAGAAGGAGCUACAGGCCCCCUCCCACAUUAAAGAGGAGCAGCUUCAUGAUGAAGAUGAAGCUCAGUCCUUACAGCUUCAUCACAGUCAAAGUGAGGAGAACAGAGGGGCGGAGCUUGUAAGUCAACACAUCACAGAAGCUGAUGGAGAGCAUUGUGAAGAUAUCAAGUCAGAACCAGACAGCAUCUUUGCUCCACUGUCAGACAUGGACCACAUGAUGUCACACUCUUCUGAUCACAGUGACCACAUCCAAAAACCUUUGGAGAGUAAAAAUGACUCUAAAGGUGAUACGAGACAUCACACUAACAACAAACACUUUGACUGCUCUGAAUGUGGGAAAUCAUUUAGACGGAAAAGUCUUUUUACAGUACACAUGAGAAUACAUACUGGAGAGAAACCUUUUACUUGCUCUUUUUGUAAGAAGAGUUUCUCCACAAAGCGUAACAUGACCACACACAUGAGAACACACACUGGAGAGAAACUUUUUGCUUGUUCUGUUUGUGCUAAAAGAUUCAACACUAAGAAAGACAUGAUAUUACACAUGAGAACACACACAGGUGAGAAACCUUUUACUUGCUCUGUUUGUAAGAAGAGUUUCUCCAGAAAGGAAAGCAUGACCAGACACAUGAGAACACACACUGGAGAGAAACCUUUUGCUUGCUCAACUUGUGCUAAAAGAUUCAACACUAAGAAGGAAAUUAUAUUGCACAUGAGAACACACACAGGUGAGAAACCUUUUACUUGCUCUGUUUGUAAGAAGAGUUUCUCCAGAAAGGGUGCCGUGACCACACACAUGAGAACACACACUGGAGAGAAACUUUUUGCUUGUUCUGUUUGUGCUAAAAGAUUCAACACUAAGAAAGACAUGAUAUUACACAUGAGAACACACACAGGUGAGAAACCUUUUACUUGCUCUGUUUGUAAGAAGAGUUUCUCCAGAAAGCAAAGCAUGACAACACACAUGACAAUACACACUGGAGAGAAACCUUUUGCUUGCUCAGUUUGUGCUAAAAGAUUCAACACUAAGAUUGAAAUGAUAUUACACAUGAGAACACACACAGGUGAGAAACCUUUUACUUGCUCUGUUUGUAAAAAGAGUUUCUCCAAAAAGGAAAACAUGACCAGACACAUGAGAACACACACUGGAGAGAAACCGUAUAGUUGCACUGUGUGUGAUAAGAUGUUCAGGUUUAAGAAUCAGGUCAGUAAACACAAGUGUGUAACAGUCAUGGAAGCUGCAGGGAUGUAAAAACACUUAAACAGUGAUUGUGCUAAAUGUAGUUUAAAAACACAGCAUGUUUAAUAAGAAUGUAUAUUUGAUGUUGUAUGUAGUGCUUCUCAUCUUCUAGUCUUAUAUGUUGGCCUGUAGUUACUUUUUAAGUUGUGUGCAUGUAUUGAAUAUUAUAUAUGUAGCUACUAUGUUAUUCUUUUUUCUCAUCUUUGAAGAGAGGACAUCUUAUUAGUUUCAUUUGGGGUUUUUUCCACACAUUUUUCCAUUGCAUUUUAUUGAUGUUAUUAUCCAAUUAAAAGUAUGAAUGAUUAAAAUGGUUAACAAAAUGUGGACUCUGGUAGAUUAGCAGCAUUGUUACAUCAUGGAUGUUAACUACUGCAAAACAUCAACAAAGAAGAAAAAUGCUGAAGUUAGCAACACAUCACUGAACUUUAGAGCCAUCGUGAGUGGAGUUGCUUGUUUUUAUUGCUGCAUUUGUACUU